AUGGGAUUGGAUGGUUGCGAAGGUCGCGCUUUAAACGGUUUCCCAUCGAAUAAUGAAUGUGAACAUGAAAUUUGCAUCGAUUGCUUAGAUAAAAUGCUUGCUGACUGUGAAAUUAAUGAUUCACCACCAAUAUGUCCAAAUGCUUUAUGUCGUCAACCGUAUGCAGUUGAUUCGGUUAUUGCGCUGAAAGCAUUUUUCCCUCAGCGAGCCAAAUAUUUUCAACAUUUUGCGCUUGAAAAUCAAGGCUAUUUUCUUAUUAAAGAUGACUCAGUUUCGAAAUCCGAAAUAUCGCCAAAUUUUACGGCUAGUUCUCGGCGGAUGGAAGUGAAAUGCGAACUUCAAGGUCCAGAUGAAAGCAAUCAGACGACAGUUAUUUUUGAUCGAGAGGGGAAUGUUGCAGAUUUUGUACGUGAAAUGCGUCGAGCACUGAAAAUUUUACCGCUUGAUAAAGUCUAUGGAUAUUAUAUUCGACGUGAGGUUGAAAAAAGUGCGGAGAAAAGUGAUGAUCGGAAACCGGACGAGGAAUUGGUGGUGGAUGCAAAGUCGCUGAAUCAAUCAAUUAGUGAAUUAAAUUUAACAUCUGACAGCGUAGUGAUCGUUGAUACAAGCGGUAUUGUCCAAAUGAAAACAGCAUAA